ACUAGCCUUCUUACGCGCACGCCGCACACAGCUCCCAACUUAGUCUAAACUCCACGGGAGCGGUUUUCCAGCUUUGCGCAGCCCGAAGGCGUCAGUCUGCGUUUACGCAUCAAACACUCGGCCACAGUGCGCGCGGUUUUGUGUAUCCGUGAUAGUGAACGUUACAAUCAAUCAACAUGAGCAACUACAUUAAAAUUGCGUUUAUAGCGUGCGCGUGUAUAGCUGUGGCCGUGGCGCAGUUUGGAUAUUAUGGAGACUUUUCUGACGGAUACUUGGGCACAAGCUUCGGUGCAUCCGGUUUCCAGAAUACGCUGCGGGCGGCUGCAGUCAGAGAUUCUCGGUCUAAUACCGGUCCCGUGGUAUUUCCCCCCUCUCCCCCCGGCGACCCGUCCCAGACCAGCGGUGUGGUGGUCGGCGCAUCCGGAUUCGGUUUCGUACCACCCGGCUCGCAAGGAUCGGCAGCGACGAGAUUUUACUACCCCGCAUUUUACUUAAGAAGAUAGAAGCGAAUUAGG